AUGUCCGAACCCUUAAUUGGGAAGGGAAUUAAAUGGACAGGACAAGGUUGCUCCAAGCGAGCCAACUGCGAUAUCUACUACAGCUGUCAUGCGGAGAGGCGCGAAUUUGGAUGCGGAUUAGUAGUAACCCGGAGACUUCGCCACCACGUCUCCAAUUUCACCCCAGUGAGUGAACGGCUGGAUACAAUCCGCGUCAAAACUAGGCUUUUCAAUUUUGCGCGCACGCUCCGACGUAGGAGAAGGACGAUGCUGUUAAGGAUACACAUACAAACGCUGCCAGACCACGACGUGGAGCUUAUCCUCGGGGACUUCAACGCAAAGGUCGGUCGCAAACGCAUCUUUGACCCCACCGUCGGUCGAUUCAGUCUCCAUGAGACUACCUCGAACAACGGUCUCAGGCUGAUUGACUUCGCCGCGGCGCGAAACAUGGUAGUGAGUAGCACCAGGUUCCGGCACUUCGACAUCCACAAGGCCACAUGGCUGUCCCCUGAUCAAAAGACGCGCAACCAGACUGAUCACGUUGUGAUAGACGGAAGGCAUGCCUCAAGCGUGAUGGACGUGCGUACGUUUCGUGGAGUCAACAUUGACUCGGACCACUAUCUUGUCGCAGCCAAGAUACGCAUGCGGCCAAGUUGA